UAAGGAUAUUUCAUCAGCUUUUCGGUGCAGGUACCUGUCCAUAGGAAUACUCAGCUAUGCCCGAUAUUACGUCAGCCACCUCCUCUGAGAUAGUUGUUGUAAGCUCAUGAAUGAAGAUUCCCCCACCCUUUUUCGAACUCAUAUAAAAUCUUUUCCGAUUAAAUGAGCCAUCAUUUCUUGUACGUUUUGUGAUUCUACAAGUGGCAUAUAGGCUUUACUGCAGCAUCUUUCGAAAUUAUACUAGUGUUGAAAUCGCAGUUUUAGAGUAGGUAUAUUCGUCGAAAAAGAAUAAUUAUGGAAGCAAUGUCAAUUAAACCAGUCAAUCCAAAGAUGUCGUUAGACUAUAGUUAUUUCAUCAAUGGACUUUCUUCCAGAAGAAGACCUGGAAUAACGAGAGAGCUGACCAAAAAACUCUACAAUGCGCCCAAAGAGACAAUUUCCCUGGCCGAGGGAAUGCCCAACGAUGGUUCGUUUCCUUUUGAGGCUAUCAACGUUGUCCUUAAGGAUGGUUCCACUUUUACCCUCCAAGGAGGAGAGCUUGCUGCUUCCCUCCAGUACCUCCCCAGCCAAGGCUAUCCUCCACUCCUUAAAACACUCAAGGAAUUUACUUAUUUCGUCCAUGAACCACCUAACUGGCAGGGGACAGAUGUUAUUAUAACAAACGGAUCCCAGUGUGGUAUCAGCAAAUCUAUAGAGAUGUGCAUAGAGGAAGGAGUACCAAUUCUUGUUCAGAAUCCUUUGUAUACUGGGACGGAGAUUGUGAUGAAACCGUACAGACCACAGCUUCUUCCAAUAGAACAAGAUGAGUUUGGUGUCAUUCCGGAACAUUUGGUUGCAACCCUCGAAGAUUGGAAGUGUCAAUGUUCAACAGACCCCACCAAAAAGAUGCCGAAGAUAUUCUACAUAAACCCAACUGCAGCUAAUCCAACGGGCGUCACAAUUCCCCUGGACAGGAAGAAAGAAAUAUACAGGAUAUGCUGCGACUACAACAUACUGAUCCUGGAGGAUGACGCUUAUUAUUUCAUGGACUUUCAAGAUGCCAAACCUGUUUCCUUCCUGUCUCUUGACGUGGAAGGCAGAGUGUUGAGGUUCGAUUCGCUUUCCAAGGUUCUGGCUUCUGGACUGAGGCUUGGAUGGGUUACCGGCCCUAAGCAAUUGAUCACCAAUAUCGAAUUGCACAUACAGAGUGCCUAUCUGCACAGUAGUUCCCUAUCGCAGUCUAUGGUGAACAACAUCUUCAGGCAGUGGGGCUUCGAGAAGAUGCUACAACACUUCGCGACAGUCUCCAACUUCUACAGGGUGCGUCGUGACAUUAUAAUAGCUGCUAUGGAGAAGCACCUCAAAGGUUUGUGCGACUGGUCGAUUCCAUCUGGUGGCAUGUUCGUGUGGAUCAAAGUGAGAAACGUGCCGGACGUUUACGAGAUGCUAAUGACCAGAGGACUGAAGAAACACGUUUGUUUCGCGCCCGGUCAGGCCUUCAUGGCAGAUCCGACAGUGGCCUGCAACUACAUACGAGCUGCCUACAGCAGGGCGUCGCCAAAACAGAUCGACAAGGCGAUGAGGCUGCUGGCCGAGUUGAUACGAGAGGAGCAGGCUUUGUUGCGAAGGAAAUUGGACAAUUUCAUAUAGUCCAUGAGGUUUUACCAUUUCGAUGGGACCGAUCCUUGACAAGGGCUGAAACGUGGUGCUGUUUCCGGGAGAAAAACCUAGAAAUAAAGGUCACGGGAGCAUUUCACGCCACAUGUAAAAAUGGGAAAUUAUUCUCUGUAUUUGAAGUUCGCUCAGCAUUAGAAGUAGAUAUCGAUACUUCUUCAAGUCUUGUCGAUUGAAAGAUCAUUUGUUGUUCGAAAUACUUCUUGUGUUUCAGCUGAACUUCACGCAUGAAUGAUAAUAUUUGUCAGAUAAAAUUCUUCUUGAUGUUGAUUGUAUAUAAACAUUAUAAGAUUUGUGUGCAUUGAAGAUAUACCUAUCUGAAGUUAUUUAUGAUCUAGGAAGGAGAAACAUUAGUUUUGAUUGAUCCCUUCUAUGUUGAUAAUAUGGUAUUAGCGUAAGAUUAUAUCAUAAGAUAUUAGAAUACAUCUAUAGCUUAUGAUGAUUCAUUGAUGAAUAAAAAGAUUGUCCGAUA